AUGAUUGGAUGUGUUCUUUUUACAAUGUCAACUCUCUAUACCGUACAUAGAGUUCAAAAUAGUGAAAAAUGGUCAUGUAAAAAAUGUUUAUACUUUAGUCGACUUGUGAUUGGAUGUGGUGUUGCAAUAACAUUUGUAUUUGGUAUAUGUUCUGUUCUUUUAGCAAGUAUUUUAAGUGGAAAAACUCGUAAAAAAUAUUUUUGGGGUUAUCGAAAAAAUUUAUGUGCAAGAAUUUUAAAUGGUCUUGUUUUAUUUGUAACAUUUCUUUUAACAAUAUCAUGGCUGAGUGUUGCUUGUUUAACAUUUAUUCCAUUAUAUGGUCUUUUGUAUAUCUAUUUUGUUGUAUGUAGUAAUCGUUAUGGUACUGCUGGAGGCAGUUUUGUAAACAUUUUAAAUGAAAUUAAUCAACAUGCACAUCGAUUAGAUGAAAAACCAACGCAAUUUAAACUUGCAGAUAUUUGUCAUCCAUCUUAUCGUGAUUAUUUCAGUUUAAGUAUUGUUACAACAGCAUCGUGUAUAUUAAUUAUGAUUAGUUUGAUCUUUUUAAUGAUCGCUCAAGGUGCAAAUCAUGCACAUAUAUAUAAUGAUAGAAGUCGAUAUGAAGUAGCACAAAGUGGAGAUCAAGAAAUUGAAGAAACGAAAAUGUGA